AUCCAAAUGUUUAUGUAGCGUUACACGAAAUAAAUGAAAAUCGGUGAAGCUUCCACGAAUCACCAUCUUAGUUUUCAUCGCCGUCAAUCCCGCGUUGUUUCUCGAUAUAUAAUGCUACCAACUUACCAAGUCAUAUUCGUUAUCUGAUUCAGUAUUCACUAUAAAUAAGGGUUUUCAGUUCAGAUUCGAGGGAUUUUCGUUCAAAUCAUUCACAACUUGAUUUCGAGAAAUUGUUUUCUGAAGAACAAUACAUCUGAACUUUACAGAUUAAUCGAUGGGAGGCAAGAAUUCAAGGGAAGAGGCAGCGAGAUAUAGACAUUCGUCAUCGUUCCAAUCAACUUCAUCAUUUUCUAGUUAUCCUCCUCAACCAUCUUAUUCUCUUCCGCCUCAAGGAGAUCAAAAUUACCCUUUUCAGGAUCCGAAUCCACAACAAUAUACUUCUCUUCCAAUCUAUACACCACAGAAGAAGCUUGAUAAAAGAUAUUCAAGAAUUGCUGAUAGUUACAACUCUUUGGAACAGGUGACAGAGGCUCUAUCACAUGCAGGACUUGAGUCUUCUAAUCUCAUUGUUGGCAUUGAUUUCACCAAAAGCAAUGAGUGGACAGGUUCAAGAUCUUACAACAGAAAAAGCUUGCAUCACAUUGGAGAUGAUUUAAAUCCCUAUGAACAUGCCAUAUCCAUCAUUGGGAAAACUUUAGCUGCUUUUGAUGAGGAUAACUUGAUUCCUUGUUAUGGAUUUGGAGAUGCAACAACACAUGAUCAAGAUGUUUUCAGCUUUUAUCCUGAAGAUAGUUUUUGUAAUGGAUUUGAAGAUGUGUUGAGUAGAUACAGAGAAAUUGUCCCUCAUCUUAAGCUUUCAGGUCCCACAUCUUUUGCCCCUGUCAUUGAACAAGCUAUGACAAUUGUUGAACAAAGUGGGGGCCAAUACCAUGUACUAUUAAUCAUUGCUGAUGGGCAGGUAACAAGAAGUGUGGAUACCGAGCGAGGUCAUUUGAGUCCACAAGAACAAAAAACUGUAGACGCCAUAGUCGAAGCAAGCAAGCUUCCACUCUCUAUAGUAUUAGUCGGGGUAGGAGACGGUCCGUGGGACAUGAUGAAGGAAUUUGACGAUAAUAUCCCUGACCGUGACUUUGAUAAUUUCCAAUUUGUGAAUUUCACGGAAAUCAUGUCGAAAAACACGCCUCAAAUCCGAAAAGAGACAGAAUUUGCUCUUUCAGCAUUGAUGGAAAUCCCUUCUCAAUAUAAAGCAACAAUCGAAUUAAAUUUACUUGGUAGUCGCAAAGAUAUAGGAAUGUCCUGUCGGAGGAUUGCCCUUCCGCCACCUAUUCGUUCACCAUCAACUUACAACAACAUAUCAAAACCAUUUAAUUCAAUGAGUUUUCAAAAGGGGUCAAUGUCACAAUCAUCUUAUUAUGGUCAAACUAGUCAACAUCACGUAUUGGAAUCAAUUUCAAAAUCUACAUAUGACAACCAGGUAUGCCCGAUUUGCCUUGCUAACGCAAAGGACAUGGCCUUCGGGUGUGGACAUCAGACAUGUCACGAGUGUGGGGAAACGCUUCAGUUGUGCCCGAUUUGUAGGAAAUCAAUCCAAACUAGAAUAAAGCUCUAUUAAGUACAAGUCACCAUUCUUUGAUGUUUAUUUAUUUAUUUUUUUCAUUCUUGGUGAGUCAUUUAGGGUUUUAUUUGGUGAUUUUAAGGAAAAAAUGGUGUAAAUGAAGUGAUAAUUUUUUUGUUUGUACAUGUUCAAUGAUUUGUUAAUUUCAUUUUUAUAGGUUGUGUAAGAUAAAUGAGAGAUUAUUGGACUGUUGUCGAGUGAUUAAUUUUCUUUUAUGAUUUGACAAAGUUGGAAUAUAUGGUAAAACUUAAGGUAC